UGUCUUUAAUCGUUUGUUCUAUUGGCUUUUGAGUUCUGCAAUUGGUUUUACAAUUUUAGUUUCACAAUUUAGUUGGCUUUUAACUUUUCACAAAAACAGUUUACAUGGAUUUACAUGGGUUUUACUUUUGGUUUUACUUUAGUUUACAUGGAUUUGGUUCAGUUCUGUUUAAUUAGAUUUUUAGAUUUUUACUAGGUUUUGGGAUUUUGGGACGACCGCCGCCAACGGUCACAAUUGCAGAGUGAGUGGUGAGCAUCCGGAGUAUUACCCCAGAGGGCAACUUUUGUUCCGAAUACUCACCACUUUACAUGGCGGGAAAAAGCGACAUCGAUAAACAUGGCGGGAAAAAGAAUUCUUUGGGACGGCAGGGCAUCGAUAACAGGGUUGCAGCAAAAACAUCAGAAGUCUUAUACAGUGACAAGGGCUGCAGCGUCACAUUGGCGGGAAUUUUGUUGAAGCGCAGCAAGACAUCAGCGGUGGUAAAACGGAGCUGGAGCAGGACGACGGGGGCAUUUUGGAUAAAUUGCCGGGCAAUUCAUGCCAAUCCUUGGCAUAUGGCAAAUCCGAUAGCAUCAUCCAUGGCAACUGGUAACAUCGUGACGUGGAUGGGUGGCAACGCUCUCAGAGACAUGGAAGAGAAUUGCCAUAAUUUAGUAAAAGAUUGCUGCAGUUCCGGGAAAAUGGCAUAACUUUAAACAAAAUGGCACAAAAGUGGACGGACGAGGGCAGCUCCAAAAACAUAAGA